AUGACAAGUGUUCCCAAGAACCCAUUUGAGAUGGGUGUUGCGUCUGAUGAAGAAGCGUUAGAUAGGGCUCGAUCGUGUUUGAUGAAGGGGAUGCACUUAUUGAACGAAGUGUCUGUACGCAUGAAGGCGUGUUCAGAACAACUUUCUCAGCGUCAAAUCGUGUUUGACGAAGCUCUGGAAUGGGAUCUGCAACUAAAGUUAGAUGACGCUGUGAGCCACCGUGAAUCUUCCGUCAAAGAAGUCGAGGGUAUCUCUCAGCAGUACCAUUCCCUGAUGUUGCAAUAUACUGAGAAGGUUUCUCAGUUGGAAAUUGCCCGCUCUAGCAAAGAUGUGAGCAUUAAAUUGCUAGAUGAGGAAUUAGUCGUGGCGAAGCUCCUGAUGCUGGAGAAAGAUGCUUGA